AUGACCUUCCUGGACUUCGAAGACUCUUUGGAGAUGGCUCUGGUCUACAUAGCUCUCUGCUUGUCUGUUGUGACAGCUGUGGUUUUGGAGGUCUUUGUGAAGCAUCAAGACACUCCCAUAGUCAAGGCCAAUAACCAGGUUCUCAGCUUCAUCCUGCUCAUCUCCCUCCUGCUGUGCUUCCUCUGCUCCUUGCUCUUCAAUGGGAACUCUUUCAUUGACACAGACUCACACUCUGAGCCCAGAAGCCUCAUCAUCCUGUGCAACAAGGACUCAGUCACUGCCUUCUACUGUGUCCUGGGCUACCUGGGCUCCCUGGCCUUGGGGAGCUUCACAGUCACCUUCCUGCCCAUCUACCACAGCACCAAGGGGAAGGUCAUGGUGGCCGUGGAGGUCUUCUUUACCUUGGCCUCCAGUGCAGGGCUCCUGGACUGGAACUCUUUCAUUGACACAGACUCACACUCUGAGCCCAGAAGCCUCAUCAUCCUGUGCAACAAGGACUCAGUCACUGCCUUCUACUGUGUCCUGGGCUACCUGGGCUCCCUGGCCUUGGGGAGCUUCACAGUCACCUUCCUGCCCAUCUACCACAGCACCAAGGGGAAGGUCAUGGUGGCCGUGGAGGUCUUCUUUACCUUGGCCUCCAGUGCAGGGCUCCUGGACUGUACCUUUGCACUCAAGUGGUAUUGGAAGAACUACCAAUAUGUACUGGCCUUUCUCUUUGCCAUCGAGGAAAUCAACAAGAGCCCACAUCUACUCCCCAACCAUUCCCUGGGUUAUGAUCUCUACAAUACCUUUCCCAGUGACAGAAGGUCCUUGCAGGGUGCUGUGUUUGGGCUCUCUGGAGGGAAGCAGAGUCUCCCUAACUACAACUGCCAGACUCAGAAGCAGUCUCUUGCUAUCCUUGUGGGAACCACAUCAGCAUUGUCAUCCGAGAUUGGAACCCUUCUAGAGCUCUACAAAAUCCCACAGGUUAUUUCUUUUCUCAUUUAGGUCACAUAUGGUCCUUUUCAUACCAUGCUAAGUGAUAUAAAACAGUUUCCAUCACUUUAUCAGAUGGCCCCCAGGGACACCUUUCUGACCACUGGUAUUGUGCGGUUGUUGCUGCAUUUUGGAUGGGUGUGGGUGGCUCUCCUUGUAUCUGAUGAUAUACAAGGGGAUCAAUUUCUUCAGGAUCUGAAAGCAAAGAUGGUAAACAACGAGAUUUGCGUGGACUUUACACAAAAGCUCCCUGCCAUCACAGGGAAGGUUUGGAUCAUAGGAAAUCCAUCCCCAUCACAGUGGGAUGUUGUUUUUGAUGAUUUGGAUGACAAAUGGCACUAUUACCAUGGAAGCCUCUUGUUUUCAGACAACAAGAGGGAAAUCCCUGGCUUCAGACACUUUCUCAAGAGGCUUAACUUUUCCCAAUACCCAGAUGACUAUUACUUCACAAAAUUCUGGAUUGACAAGUUUUAUUGCUCACUUUCUGAAUUACAUUGUGGAAGAAUUGAAUGCUGUGAACCAAAUUCUUCCUUAGAGUUUAUGCCAGACAAAACUGACAUGAUGAGUGUGUCUGUUCCCAGUUAUUUUGUCUAUAGUGCUGUUAAUAUGGUGGCCCACGCCCUCCAUGAAAGGCUUUUAGAAAACCUAGAAGUGAUAUCUCUAGGAGAUGUAGACCAGCCUAUAAUUCCUCCCUGGCAGCUUCACCCAUUUCUAAGGAAAAUCCAAUUUACAAACGGCGCUGGGGACAACACAUCUUUAGAUGACAAGAACAACCACGUGACACAGUAUGACGUCCAGAACCUUGUGAGAUUCCCUGAUAAGAGUUGGGUGCUGGUUAAAGUAGGAGAGUUUUUCUCCAAGAGUUCACAUAAUCAAGACUUGGUCAUCAAUGAAGAGAUGAUAAAAUGGCCGGUUAUAUUCAGAGAGACUCCACAAUCUGUGUGUACCCAGAAAUGCAUCCCAGGAUUCAGGAAAACUUCACAGGAAGGAAGGCCCAUCUGCUGUUUUCUUUGUGUUUCAUGCUCAGAGACAGAUAUUUCCAACCAGACAGAUGCACCUCAGUGUAUGCAGUGUCCAGCUCAACAGUAUCCAAACAGUGAGAGAAGUCGCUGUCUCCCCAAGAAUCUAACCUUUCUGGGCUAUGAGGAUGCUUUGGGGAUGGUUCUGGGCUUCACAGCUCUGUGCCUCUCUCUGGUGACAGUUGUGGUUUUCGGGGUGUUUGUGAAGCACUGAGACACUCCCAUAGUCAAGGCCAAUAACCGGGCUCUCAGUUUCAUCCUGCUCAUUUCUCUCCUCCCAUGCUUCCUCUCCUCCUUCCUCUUCAUUGGCCGUCCCAACACAGCCACCUGCAUCCUCCAACAGGUCACAUUUGCACUUGCAUUCACUGUGGCAAUUUCCACCGUUUUGGCCAAAACCAUGACUGUGAUUUUGGCAUUCAAAGCUACAAUGCCCAGAAGAAUACUGAGAUACUUGCUGCUGUCAGGGGCCUCUAACACUGUAAUUCUCAUCUUCUCCCUGAUCCAAGUGAUUAUCUGUACAAUCUGGCUGGGAUCCUCUCCCCCUUUUGUUGACACAGACUCGCACUCUGAGCCCGAAGCCUCCUCAUUCAUCAUCGUGUGCAACAAGGGCUCAGUCACUGCCUUCCACUGUGUGCUGGGCUACCUGGGCUCCUUGGCCCUGGGGAGCUUCGCGGUGGCCUUCCUGGCCAGGAACCUGCCUGACACGUUCAAUGAGGCCAAGUUCCUCACAUUUAGCAUGCUGCUGUUCUGCAGUGUCUGGGUCACCUUCCUGCCCGUCUACCACAGCACUAAGGGUAAGGUUAUGGUGGCCGUGGAGGUCUUCUCUAUCUUGGCCUCCAGUGCAGGGCUCCUGGGCUGUAUCUUUGCCCCAAAGUGCUACAUUAUUCUGGUAAGACCCAGUAAGAACUCUCUGAAAGGUUUUAAAAAGAAAUGUCAGAGUAAAUAA